UAUUAGUUUUCUCUCUUAAUGUGGCAUAUCUCUAAGUACAUAUACAGUGCACUCUGUAUGUUUAUUGAUUGUGACACAUUCUCUUGGGCUCUAUACUCCAGUCAUUGUUUGAUGUCUCUAGCAGCCUCUGGGAUGUGCAGAGGAAGACCUCUCUGGUUUUCUAGGCGAGGGAAGGAUUCCCAGAGGACACAUGACAUCUGUUGUGGUUUUCUUCCAUAGAGACCUGCAUCACCAGGCAGUGCUCAGAUAGACCUGGUUUGUUGUUAGGCAAACCACGCAGUACUGCCUGAUGCUAGUCAACAAGGUUGCUUGAAUUAUUGUCCAAGAAAGUGCAACGCUCAUGCAGGAGAGAAGAAGAUCGAGAGCAAAGGCCAUCGUCAUUCAGAAAACAAUGUUAGUCUAAGGCUACACUUUGGAGAAUGGAUAAAACAGGUGAUGUUAGUGCUGGGGGCAACCAAUGGCAAAGACUGCUCAGAUGGCAACGGGAGCAGAAAGUGAAUGAGGAAGGAGAAGAAGGAGUCAAGGAUGGAGGGAAACUCAAUCUGGAUCUGAAGUUGAAAGUUAAUUGGAAAGAAUGGUUGGUUGAUCCGGCAGAACAGUUUUAUUAUGUCUGGCUACAGGUCAUGAUCUUCCCCGUUGUCUACAACUGGGUGAUCAUCAUUUUGAGGACGUGCUUCACUGAAAUUGCACUGAGCUACCUGCCUGUGUGGCUUACACUGGACUAUCUGUCAGACCUCAUGUAUAUGGUUGACAUGAUCAUCACUGUUCACACAGGUUACUUGGAUCAGGGCAUCCUGAUCAAGGACCUAACUCAGCUGAAGAAGCGCUACCUGCACUCUAAACGAUUCUUGAGGGACCUAGCUUCCCUGCUGCCCACUGACUUCCUCUAUUUUGUCUUUGGCAUGCAAACGCCGCUGGUGAGGAUCAACCGCCUUCUGCGUAUGCCACGACUCAACGAGGCCCUGGAUCGCAUGGAGACGAGGACCUCCUACCCCAACACUUUCCGCAUCUCCAAGCUCAUGAUCUACAUCUUUGUGUUGAUCCACUGGAAUGCCUGUCUCUACUUUGCACUGUCCAGCUACAUCGGCUUUGGAAGUGAUCGUUGGGUCUACCCCAACAUCACCGACCCAGAGUUUGCCUCCAUGCGUCGUCAGUACUUUUACUGCUUCUGGUUCUCUGCCCUGAUUUUCACCACAGUAGGGGACACCCCACUGCCAAAAAGGGAAGAGGAGUACUUGUUUAUGAUUGCAGACCUGCUCAUUGCCGUGCUGGUGUUUGCAUCAGUUGUUGGCAAUGUUGGCAAUGUCAUCACAAGCCUAAGGGACCGUGAUAAUGUCUUCUUCCCUAACCAUGAGCUGGUCAAGGCAUAUCUGCGUAGCCAUUACGUAAGCAAGGAGCUUCGACAGCGUAUCGACAACUGGUACCAGCAUCUUCACAUCAACAAGAAGAUCAUGCGAGAGAAUGAAAUCCUGCAGCAGCUGCCCAUACACCUGAGGACAGAGAUCGCUGUCAGCGUUCACCUUCCCACACUUUCCAAAGUCACCAUCUUCCAGAACUGUGAGAAAAGUCUUCUGGAGGAGCUGGUGCUUAAACUAACACCUCAGGUGUUCAGUCCAGGAGAGUACGUCUGCAGGAAAGGAGAUGUGGGCCAUGAAAUGUACAUCAUCAAAGAGGGAAAACUUGCAGUUGUAGCAGAUGAUGGGGUCACAGAGUUUGCUGUGCUGGGUGAAGGGAAUUUCUUUGGGGAAAUUAGUAUCCUCAACAUCAAAGGUAACAGGUCAGGCAAUCGUCGCACUGCCAACAUCCGAAGCAUUGGCUACUCUGACCUGUUCAGCUUGUCCAAAGAGGACCUGACAGACGUGCUAUCCGAGUUCCCUGCAGCCAAACGUCACCUGGAGGAGAAAGGCAGACAGAUCCUGACCAAGAUGGGCAUGUUGGAGGAGAGUGGGGAGGGAGAGGAGGAAGAGACAGAGAAAGUCGAAACCAAGAUAAAAAGGCUGGAGAGCAACUUGGAAAUCCUGCAAACAAAACUAGCUCGACUUAUGGUGGAAUUAGAGUCGAGCAACCGCAAGAUGCAGGCCAGGGUAGAGCAGCUGGAGUGGGAGGUGGCAGCAGUGGAGACUCAGCUGCCAGAAGAUGGGGAAGAAGGAGAAAAGGCACAAGGUAGAGGAGAAGGGGUGGGAGGGGAGGUUGACUGGGAGCGAGAAGAGGCAGAAGGAGAGGAAGAGGAGGGUUCAGAUGCAAAGGUAAAAAAACAGGGACAAGGAGAAGAUGGUAAUGAUGUGACCAAAGAGGGAGAUGGAGAGAGCACCAAAAGUACAAAAGAAGACGUGGAAAGGAUUUUGGAUGGAGAUAAAUCUGGGUUGAAAGACCCGGAAUAUCAGGAAAAGAAAAAAGAAGAUGAUGCAGAGAAAACCAGAGAGAAAGGAGAUGACAGACCUGGAAAAGGAGAUGGAGCUGAGAUUGAACCUGAAGAUGAAAAAGAAGAGAAAAAUGGAGAGAGAGAUUCUGAGGAGGGGAGAGAAAAGGCUGAAGAAGACUCAGAAAAAAGAGAGACGGGGCAGAAAGAUGAAGGGCAGAAAAAAUGAAUGAAAAAGCAAAAUAACUGAAAAGGAGAGUGAAGUUAAAAAAAAUCUAAGUGUGUAUUUUUGUCUGUAGGCGUUUGUCUGUUUUAUAUUAUUAAAAAUAUUGAAAACCUCAACAGCUCAUUGACAGACUUUCUGCAGUACAACGUUGCACCCCUAGAUGGCAGCAUUGUACCCCACUGUCGAUUGAAACUACAUGACAGAUUUUUCUUCUUAAUUUGAUAAAAUACUUUAGAUAAAUUUUUGUAGGUUGAAUGCAGAUGAAUUGAUUGCUUUUAAAAGGAAUUCAAUGAACAAAUGUUAAGUGGGGUUUUGUCAUAUGUAUAUUAA